GUCCGCAUGGCUCACAGCAACAAGAACCUAGAAGCCGGGAAUGGUCUAUUUGACUCUUGAACGCCGAUAUGAGCCUGAUAUGAGCCGUGGAUGCAGGUACUGUUGUGCCUCAUAUCGACUUCGUGCCCUCCUCUGCCGUUCUAGCAACAGUCACAGCUAAUAAGGUCCUGAUGGAUAUCGCGAUUGCCACUUUGCCGUCGCUGUCUCACUACAUUCAGCUCACCGACGACGAGCGCUGCGCCAUUUUACAUUCACACGAGCGUGCGUGGCGAAACAGACAACCGUUCCUCGAAUCCCAUGGCUACAUGCUACGUCCGAGAUUACGACCAGGGUGGACUCCGUCAUGGAGGACCUCCGGCGAACAUCCGCUGGACGCCGAGGACACAAACUACAUUCAUCCUUUCCCACAUCUGACAGACGCUACGCGGAUAUCGGACGGGCGUCCAUAUCUUAUAUGGUCAUGCCAUUCCUCCGUUGGUUCGAUAGUCCAUCAUUCGAUUCUGUGGACGAUGUCCUUGACCUCGGUGAACAAUUGCUUGAAGGCCUUGUUUUCCUGCAUGAGCACGGAAUUGCACACAGAUUGUUCUUACACGAAUCUCAUGAUGGACGCCACCCCUCUAUUCCCCGAUGGGUUCCAUCCUCUCCGGAACACUUUCAAGCCUGAUGGCAAGACUGUCGCUUGGCCUAACUCGAGGUCUCACUUUCCAGUGAAGUAUUACUUCAUCGACUUCGGCAUUUCGGUGCAAAUACCCCCGGAUGUUCAGCCAAAGUUGGCGGUUGGUGGCGACGGUCGAGAUCAAGCACCACCCGAGCUAUCCGACGACGUCCCUUAUGAUCCCUUCAAAUUGGAUGUCUUCAUUCUUGGAAACGUGUUCCGCAAGAACUUUUACGAUAAACUGAGUAAUGUUGGCUUCCUUCGACCAGUCUGGCAGUCCAUGACACAACCGGAUCCGUUGGAGAGACCGUCCCCCGCUGAAGCUCUCCAACAGUGGCAGCAAAUGCGCAGAGCCGUGCCAUACACGCGCCGCCGCUGGAGGCUCAAGAGACGAGACGAAGUCCCCUUGCUCACCUUGUUUCUGGACGUUGUUCACCUGAUCACGUCGGCCGCUCACAUAGUGAAGGGCACGAAGACGACGAAGAAUCUGUUCUCUUGGUAACCCACUGGCAGACUUGUGCGCCACGAGGCCGAUGUAUCGAGGAAAACUAUGCUGUACUAUGCUGUAUUGCACGUUAGUAACACCGCAUGUUUUUUUACCCAUA